CAAGUCGCCGUUUUUCGCCCAAAAAAAAGUAUUUUAUUUGUUCGGUUUCCCAAUAAAUUGCCUUUAUUGUAAAUUUAAAAUGGCAAAAGCCGAGCAAAUCCUAAUUGUGGAACCUUCGAACGAACUGAAAUUCACUGGGCCCUUCACGUCUGUGGUGUCGAGCGAACUUUUGCUCAAGAAUCCAAAUAGCAAACCUGUCCUCUUCAAAGUCAAAACCACAGCUCCUAAACGGUACUGCGUUCGACCCAAUUGUGGUUUCAUCGAACCGAAUCAUCAGGUAACGGUUUUGGUGAUGCUCCAGCCUUUCGAAUACGACCCAGCAGAGAAGAACACCCACAAAUUCAUGAUUCAGUCCAUGUUUGCUCCCCCUGGCACCACGGAAUCCAACGACAUAAUUUGGAAGGAAGCGCCAGCUGGACAGAUAAUUGACAACAAGUUGAAAUGCGUUUUCAUUCCAAUGUUUGAAAGUACUAUUGAUGAGCCUCUGCUGCAAGUCAGUCAGGCUGCCAGCCAGACUGCUCCCCCAUCAGUUAUUUCAAGUACAGUUGAAGACACCAGGCAAGUUCCGAAGGCAAAUGAAGUGAGGGCAGAGUCUAUUAAUAACUUGGGCUGGCAGCAGGACAGGGCACCUGAGGAAGUUGGCCACCAAAAUGUCAAUCGUCAGCAGCUGCAAAUCGAGUUGGAAAAACUGAAAGUAGAAAAUGUGAAGCUGAGAACUGAGGGCAUGAGACUGAGGAACAUUUCAAACAACCCAGGAGGACAGUCACAAGUGUUAGGACCCAACCAGCGUCUUGACACCAAAGUUAACUUUGCUUCACAAAUGCCACCAAUAUGGCAGCUCAUUGUUGCUUUGAUAGUUGGCAUGAUCAUUGCCAAAUUUUUCCUUUGAAGCCAGUUCUCGCUAAAUCAGGAUGUUGUUCGUUUAGUGUCGGUGACUAGAAAUUCUUCUUGUUAACUCAAUCCACACAUAACGAAGUGAAAUGAUGACAAAAAAUUCUUUAUAAAUUAAUUUUAUAACCAUAAUUUAUUUCCUUUUUUUUUAUUUAGUGGGUUAUGCGAUGAUUUGAUGGGGACUUUAUUAAAAUAAGAUUCAUUUGAAUGACAGAUGUCUCAACAUUUGUUUGUCUGUGUGUGUGUAUGCCUGUCUGUCUGUGUACCUGUGAGUGUGUUUUUAAAAGUUUGUAAAUUAUUUACAUAAUAAUUUACUUUUGUUUGAAUUCAUUCACUCACUCACUCACUCACUGACGUUUCAAACAUUGAUUGAUAAUACUACACAACCAAUACAACAAUUUGAUGUUAUAUAUUCUCACUGUUUCUUGUUAAUACAACAACACUUCAAUCAAUCAAAUCAAUCAUUUAAUUGAUCAAUUAAUAAAUAAUUUUAAUGAUUAUUAAUCAAUUAAUUGAUGGCUUUAAUUAACUAUUUGAUUUAAUUGCACAAAUUUAUAGCUUUGUAAAAAAAAAGUGAAAACUCGAAAAAAUAACUCUAUUAUUGUUAAUUUUUUCUAUUUUUGAAUUCUUCAAUAUAAAGAAAAAUUUAUUUGUUCAAUUUGUUCCAUUACCUGUUCUCUGUUGUUCAAAUUGAAACUUAAUACAAUUUGAUAAUUUUCUUUUUUUUUUCGGUUUUGGCUUAUAUUUUCUUUAUUAUCAUUAAAUCAUUAAUAAUAUAAUAAUAAUUAUUAAUGUUAUCAAUUAAAAUAAUAAUAAUUAACGGAUUUUAGUUCAUUAACAAAUUUUUUUGGCAAAAAAUUUGCUAAAUCAAUGGAAUAAAAAUAGUGAUAGAUUGAAUAGAUUAGAUGCGUGUGUGUAUGUGGUUUUGUGUGAAAAAUAUUGUAAAAAUACGGACACGCACACACACACAUAUAUAUAUUAUUGAUAACAGUCUUAACUCAAUAUAUAUAUAUAUAUAUAUAUAUAUAUAUAAUAUGCAUAUAUACAUUUAUAAUUGAUUAUCAUGAAUCCAUAGCAAUUGGUUGAAUAGAUUGUGUGUGUGUGUAUUCUGUAUACAUAACAUUACAUAAUUCUACCUAAAACCGUAAUAAACUGUGGAGGAAAAU